AUGCCCAACAUCUCCAGGUGCCCAACUUUAACACGAAACAAGAUCGGCCCUUCCUUUGGUAUGGCGCAUACUCCAUUCUUGGAAAGUAAGGACUACUCAGCGAUGGGCAACCUCAACCUUUUCCGCAACCUCACCACGUCUGUGGACUUUAGCGCUGGGUUAAAGAAGUUCGAGACCCCUUUCAUGAAUAGAGGCUGGAAACCUAACUACGGACUCACGUUUAGCAGAUCUUUCCACUUAAUUAAAGUUAAAUGUUCAAAUUUGCUGUAUUACCUUAAAACCUAA